AUGCGGAAUCGACCCUAUCCAGUGCUCAAGUGCUCAAUUCUACUCGCUGCGCACCACCGCUACUCGCCGCACGAGCUCUACUCGACCGACGGCACCGAGGCGGGGUUCAAGGCGGGCGACUCUCGGCUCUCGGGCAACGAGAACAUGUGGCGGGGAGACCAGUUCGAGCCAGCGACGCGGCGGCGUGAGCGAUCGCUCAACUUUAAGCCGAACAAGGCGACGGGCGAGGAGGGCUUCCUCGGGCUGGCGGCCAACGCGGAGACGGCGCUGCAGACGGUGAAGGACAAGGUGCUGGCGGAGGAGGUGGCGGGCGAGGCGCUCGACUCGCUCUGUGCCGAGGGUGGCGUCGGUGGCGGUGACGGCCAGUGUCAUCCCUCUGAGGGCUCCGCGGAAGGGCUGCGGCACUUCUGCGUGGAGCGAGGGCUGCGGCACUUCGGCCUGCAUCGCGACGCGGUCGGCUGGCGCUUUCGCGAGUGGGCGCCCUCGGCUGCCGCCGCGUCGCUCGUCGGUGACUUCAAUGGAUGGGACGUGACGGCGCACCCGUGCGAGGAGGUCGGCGGAGGGGUGUGGGAGGCCUUGGUGAGGGACGACGACACGACGCUGCUCGCGCCGCUCCGCGUCGGCGCGAGGUUCAAGGUUGCGCUGCGAGGGCUCGCGGGCGGCGGCGAGGGAGGAGGCUGGGAGGGAGGAGGAGGCUGGGUGGUGUCGAUGCCGGCCUGGGCUCUGGAGGCGUGGCACGUGCAGCAGGACCCGUCUUCGUACGAGGUCUGCGCGCUGGUGCCGCGCAGCCUCGGCGGCUUUGCGUGGCAGCACGCCCGCCCGUCGCGGCCGCCCGGCUCGCUGCGCGUGUACGAGGUGCACGUGGGGAUCGCCACCGCGCGGGAGGAGGUUGGCCGCUGGUCCGACCUGCGCACGGACCUGCUCCCUCGCAUCGAAGAGCUCGGCUACACGGCGCUGCUGCUGCUCGGCCUGCAGGAGCACGGCUACUACGCCUCGUUCGGGUACCAGGUCACCUCGCCUCUCGCGCCGGCGGAGCGGUUCGGACCGCCCAGCGAGCUGCAGGCGCCUCGCCGAGCGCCUCGUCGGCACCUUCGCCCAGACACGCCCCAGACACUUUGCACCGGACCGCGGCGUGCAGGCGCUCGUCGACGCGGCGCACGGGAGGGGGCUCCUCGUGCUCGGGGAGAUGGUCCUCGCGCACUCGGCCUCGUCGUCUACCGGCAGGGAGGGCCUGCCGCAGCACGCAGGCGGAGGGCCCUACUUCCUGCCCGGCGAGGCAGGCCACCACCCGGGCUGGGGCUCGCGCCUCUUCGACUACUCUCGCACCGAGGUGCUGCGUCUCCUCCUCGCCACCAUCGCCCACUUCGCAGAAGCGUACCGCCUCGACGGCUUCCGCCUCGACGCGGCCUCGACUGUCCUGUACCGCCACCGCUGCCUCGGCCUCUCUCCGGCCCACUUUUGCGGCGCGCGCUACGAG